CGCGCCCCGAGCCUCCGGUGCAGGCCCGGUCCCGGUCCCGGUCCCGGCCCCGAGCAGGCCCCGGCCCCGGCCCCCGGCCCGGCCCGGCCAUGAAGUUCCUGUACAAGGAGGAGCAUCCGUUCGAGAAACGUCGCUGCGAGGGCGAGAAGAUCCGGAAAAAGUACCCGGACCGAGUCCCGGUGAUCGUGGAAAAGGCGCCCAAGGCCCGAAUUGGGGACCUGGACAAGAAGAAAUACCUGGUGCCCUCGGACCUGACAGUGGGGCAGUUCUAUUUCCUGAUCCGCAAGCGGAUCCAUCUCCGGGCCGAGGACGCUCUGUUCUUCUUCGUCAACAACGUCAUCCCCCCGACCAGCGCCACCAUGGGCCAGCUCUACCAGGAGCACCACGAGGAGGAUUUCUUCCUUUACAUCGCCUACAGCGACGAGAGCGUCUACGGGGCCUGAGCGCGCCCAACUCCCGCCCCUCCCCGGUGCUUCCCUCUCCCGAAUUUUCCGGUUUUUUCCCCUUUUUUGCCCCAUUCCCCAUUCGGUUUUGGUUUGGUUUUUUUUUUUUUUUUCCUUUUUUGCCACCCCCCCCCCCCCCC